AUGAACGAGUUCACAAUUUCCAAUUUGUGUCCAGAGGCUUCUGAUAGACUCUCAUUAGAAGUUUCCCCCAGCAGCACUGGAUUAUUGGAGCCAAAAUCAUCUACCGUUUCACCAGCUCCCAGCUGUACGGGAUAUCCAAUUUUUGAUCUCACCGGGAUCUCGAAGCAAAGUUCAUCAGGAGUUUCCUCCACCAGAACCAGUUCAUUGGAGCCAAAAUCUUCUGCAGUUUCACCAGGUAUGUUUAGGGAAAUGAGGUUUUUUUCAAAUUAA